CGAAGAAAAACACCUCCAAGUCCAAGCUAUAUUUUCAUUUUCUUUUCCCCAUUUUUCCCCUUCAAAGUUGUGUUUGGCCUUGGAUUUUGAGGCGAAGCAAAUGGUUGUGUGAACAAUCUCAGCUCUCACAGCGCCGGGGCCACCGAGUCAUCCAUCCAACCAAACAUGGCUUCUGCAAUUUUAAGUCCUAGUGCAUCAUCCCUCCGUCUUUCAUCGCUGUCUUCUUCUUCGUCCACAAAUAGGAGGCACACCUUCUGGGGCCUCUCCAGUUCUGCAAUUUCAGUAUCCUCCCAAAGCUCAAGUUUUGAUUUCUCCGUCUGGCUUCCUCAGCUGGGUCUCUGUCAAACCCACCAAUGGACCGGUCUCAAGCGUUUUGGCAUCUCCUCCGCGCAACACCUCAUAAAACUUGAAAGGAGCGGCAAACGUACAAGAAUAGGUGUUUACGCAUCUCUAUUUGGGGUUGGGGCUCCUGAGGUUUUGGUGAUCGGAGUGGUGGCUUUGUUAGUUUUUGGUCCCAAGGGUCUUGCUGAGGUUGCUCGUAAUUUGGGAAAAACAUUACGCGCAUUUCAACCUACAAUUAGGGAACUUCAGGACGUUUCUAGGGAAUUCAAAAGCACACUUGAGAGAGAGAUUGGUCUUGAUGACAUUCAAACUUCAACCAAGAGCACAUUAAGCUCUAAUCCGACCAAGACUACCUCAAGCCCUUCAUCAGAUCCAAGUUCUGAGGUUUCUCCAACAGAGAUCGAUGCUAAUGGUUCUGCAUCCCCUGGCAAACCAUUUUCAAGUGAAGCAUUCCUAAAGAUAACUGAGCAACAGCUAAGAGCAGCUGCUGCAAAGGAAGAGCGAGAGAGCAAAUCUCCUGGUGAGAAUCAGCCGGAAAUUCAGGAGAAUCAGCCGGAAGUUCAAAACCUUGUUGCUGAGCAGCAGAUAGAGACGGCAUCUUCUGGUGAAAGUCAGUCUAAAAUCGAAACCCAGAAUCAAGUUAUUUCAGGCAGUCCUCCAGAUGCUGCUUCAGCCAUACCUUCUCCUGGGAAGCCCGAGAGAGAUACCUGAGACUAUGCAACUGCAGUUUUGUUGGUUAGAUUAGUUGAUUGACUCCUAUUCCCUUAUUUAGUUUUUCUGGAUUAAAUGUAUUUUAUGACAUUUGUUAUUUAGUGUGAAGUGGCUAGUCCAAGUUAAUCCACCCCUAUUCUCUCUGUCUGUUUUUGCAA